AUGGCUAACUCUCUCAUUUUGGUUCCUUUUCUCACUUUCAUAGUUCUCUUUGUUAAAGCCAUGUCAGCUCCCAUCGACAGAAAUUGGCAUGAUGCUCAUGCAACCUUCUAUGGUGAUAUGGCUGGUGGAGAAACCAUGCAGGGUGCUUGUGGUUAUGGUGAUCUCUUCAAACAAGGUUAUGGUCUUGAGACAGCGGCACUAAGCACCGCACUAUUCAACAAUGGGCUUGCAUGUGGUUCAUGUUAUGAGAUCAAGUGCGUCAAUGACCCCCAAUGGUGCAUACCGAACGUGCGCCCAAUCAAAAUCACGGCCACAAAUUUUUGCCCUCCCAAUUACACCAAAACCGAAGGCGUUUGGUGCAACCCGCCACAAAAACACUUUGACUUAUCAAUGAAAAUGUUCACCACAAUCGCCAUUUACAGAGCUGGGAUCAUCCCGGUUCAAUAUCGCCGCGUUCCAUGCAUGAAAACCGGCGGUGUCAAGUUUGAGCUCAAAGGAAACCCUUAUUGGUUGCUUGUUUUGGUGUAUAAUGUUGGGAAUGCCGGUGAUGUUGCUAGCGUGAGCAUCAAAGGUUCCAACACUGGAUGGCUUUCAAUGAAACGCAUUUGGGGGCAGAAUUGGAAUACCGGAGUUAAUUUGGUCGGACAAUCGUUGUCAUUUAAGGUUAUUACAAGUGAUGGUAGAAAGUUGUACUUUAUUAAUGUUGCUCCUCCCCAAUGGCAAUUUAGACAAUCAUACGAGGGCAAGAAGAAUUUUUAGAUGUUGUUGCAGUCUCUGAUGGUACCGUUUCAAUUCUAGUCAUUUGUUUAGUUUUAGAGGCUUGUGAUUUCCUCUAUUGCUAGAAUGACUUCUCAGUUCUCAGUGUAAUUGCAGAAUUAACACGUGACAAUAAUUUUAGCAUGA